GUUUUGACUAAGUGCCGAAUUGACCAUGUCGUCCCUUUCUUAUCAUUUCAUUCCCCAGUCUCAUCAAUCCCUCGAUUAUUGUCAAAACUGAAACACGUUGUUUUUCUACUUGGAAGUUUUAUCCACCACUAGAUUUUUCACCCUCUCCGGGGGUCUGUAUACCAAUAAACUGUUGAUCUCUCAACGACUUAUCAGUACAGUGAAAAAUCUACAUUAUAGAGAUAAACCCAAGAUAGAUUCAACAUGUCACAGUCAGAAUCCGUUUCUGAAAGAGAGUUAAGAACUUCUAGAACACUUACAUCUGAUGGAGAUCACCUUUUCCAACAGUCUAAUGAACGACAUCAAUACAUUAUUAGAACUAUUAGGAGAGAUAUCGACGCUAUUAUACUAGACGUAGAAGAUAAUCCAGUGGUGGACCUCUCCACAGCGUCGACGUACAGAGAUGAAAUUUCAAAACUAUCAGAAAAGUUUGAAAAAGAAGCUAACACAUAUUUUGAUUUCUUAAAAUCAUAUAGGACAAAAGAAAGUGAAAUCGAGCAUGCAUCAUUUAAAGUGUCAUUCUAUGCGUUAAAGGCCAAAAUAUCCGUCGUCAAACAACAUCUUAGUGAAUUACUACCUAGUAGAUCCAAACAAGAUAGUGAACGAACUCUUAAAAGUCGUAGCUCCCAUCAUAGUUCCCGUCAUACUGGGUCAACAAGAAACUCGUCACUAAGUGCUCAAUCAGAGAUUCUUAAACAAACUGUGAAACUGGAAACCGCAAAGACACGACUUAAAUAUGCCAAAGAGGAGGCAGAACUGUUGCACCGUGAAGCUACACUCAAAGCAGAGAGAAACGUCCUCUCUAUGAAGCGAGAAGUCGACGAAGCUGAGUCGGGAUUGCAAGCCGUUAAGAAGGCUUUGAAUUAUGAUCCUAAUGACUAUGGUGAAAGUUAUGAACCACCAAUAAUUGCUAAUCCGGUAGUUCAGUAUGCCGAUGUAGACAGGAUAUCUGAAAGAAAGUACCGUAGUUCUAAAGUACCAGAUACACAUAACAUUACAGAACGACGUACAGCAGAAUUUGUGGAGCAACAGCGCUCACAGCAUGCUUCUCAUUUGACCGAAAAUGACUUUCAAGCAAACAGUGUUAACAUUCCUGUUCAUUCUUUAGGACCAUUGAAUCCAACAGCACGACCUUUUGUUCCGACCCAGAGGAACGAAGCACAAGAAUUGGCCAAGUUUAUGGUGAAGAAAGACUUGAUUACAUCUAGGCUCAUAUCAUUUGAUGACCAGCCUUCACAUUACUCAUCUUGGAAAAUUAGUUUUCAACACAUAAUGACCGAGUUAGAUACAAAUCCUUUGGAACAGUUGGACCUUCUAAUAAAGUUUUUGGGACCAAGCUCAAAACAGCAUGCUCAGAACAUUAGAUGUGCUAAUGCCAAUAAUCCGGAUACUGCAGUGCGGCUUAUAUGGGAACGCUUAGAUGCUAGAUUCGGUAGUCCAGAGAUGAUAGAGUCGUCACUUCACUCACGUAUAGUUAACUUCCCGAAACUUUCAAACAAUAACCGAAAGGAACUCUACGAGUUAGCGGACUUAGCUGCUGAGAUCGAGUCUAUUCGCAAAGAUGAAAAGUUUGCCACCACAUUCGCUUACUUUGAUUCGUCUCUAGGUGUGAAUCGUUUUGUAACCAGAUUACCUUACAGUAUUCAAGAAAAAUGGACUACUACUGCCAAUGGUUAUAAGUCAAAAAACCAUGGAGCAUAUCCGCCAUUCUCCUUCUUUGUGCCAUUCUUGCAAAACAUUGCUAAAGUGCGUAAUGACCCUGGAUUUUUAUAUGACAAUCAAGACACCAAACCGACCACAUCUAGACAAACGAGAGUACAAAAUCGUUUUCGAAGUCCUGCGCAAGUUUCAAGCAUUAAAACCGACAUUGGACACAGUGUUAAUAGACCACCUAUUCAGAAGCAAAAUGAGGACGUGUGUCCCCUCCAUGGAACUAAUCAUACACUUAACACGUGCCGUGGUUUCCGUGCUAAACCAUUGUCAGAGAGACUUGAUUUAAUUAAGCAGAAAGGUUUGUGUUUCAAGUGUUGCGGACCUAAGAGACAUUUCCGUGACAAGUGUAAAGAGGAUGUCAAAUGCAGUGUGUGUUGUUCUCGUGACCAUCCGUCAGCCUUACAUGUAGAUAUUACAGCCGAACCCCAGAAAAAGCACGAGGAGGAGAAUUCUAAGGAACAGAUUAGCAGCAAAUGCACCAAAAUAUGUGACUCGAUACACAAUACCAGUAAAUCAUGUGCUAAGAUAGUACUCGCCAAAGUAUAUCACUCUGAUAGACCAGAUCAUUUCAAAACUGUUUACUGUGUGAUCGAUGACCAAAGUAACAGGACUUUAGCAACGUCAGAUUUCUUCAACUUCUUCCGAGAAAACGACACUGAAACCGAAUAUGUACUUGCUUCUUGUGCAGGAAGGUUCGUUACUAGUGGACGAAGAGCUUCCGGAUACGUGUUAGCAUCGCUUGACGGAUCAUUCUGUCUUAACGUACCUGAAAUAAUCGAAUGUAAUGACAUUCCAAACAAUCGGGAGGAAAUACCCUCAUCUGUUGUAGCUUCAAGUUAUCCGCACAUGAUGGACAUAGCAAGUUGUAUUCCUGACAUUGACAAUCAGUCUGAAAUACAGAUGUUAAUAGGCCGUGACCUUAUUAGAGCACACCAUGUUAUUGAACACCGUGUUGGAGCUGACGAAGUACCGUAUGCACAGCGUUUACCUUUAGGAUGGGUUAUUGUAGGCAAUGUAUGUCUUGGUAGAUUUCAUGGACAAAAAGUAGUUAAUGUAAACAAAACUGUAAUCUUAGGCAACGGACGACCUACUUUAUUGUCUCCGUGUGAUAGCGAGAUGUCAGUUAAAUUAGACCCAAUCUUCGACAAGACUAAACUAGACGAAAAGGAAGGUGUGUCAAUAGAGGAUCAAACCUUUUUGAAUAUAAUGUCAUCAGGAUUCUUCAAACAAGAUGAUGGACACUGGAUCGCUCCACUACCUUUUAAACCCAACAAACCUUCUUUAGAAAACAACAAACAAAUUGCAGAGCGUAGAGCUAAAUCGUUUGAUAUGAAUUUACGUUGCAACUCCGUAAAGCGCACACAAGUGUUAGAUUUUAUGCAGAAACUGUUUGAUCGAGAACAUGCCCAGAUAGCACCCAAACUAUCGCCAGGUACUGAGUGCUGGUACUUGCCUAUGUUCGCAGUGUAUCAUCCGAGGAAACCAGAGAGUGUAAGAGUAGUUUUUGACUCUUCUGCAAAACAUCAUGGACUAUCUUUGAACGACGUCUUGUUGAAAGGUCCAGACAUUUAUAACAGCCUUCUUGGAAUAUUACUCCGUUUUAGGAAAGAGGCUUACGCCGUUACCGUUGAUAUCGAACAAAUGUUUCAUAACUUCAGAGUCAUAGAUGAACAUAGACGUUUCUUGCGCUUCCUGUGGCACAAGGACAACGAUUUUGAAAAACCACUUACAGAAUAUCAGAUGUUAGUACACGUCUUCGGAAACAGUCCGUCCCCAGCAGUGGCUACGUAUGGUCUGAGACGAACUGUCCAACGCGCUGAACUUGAUGUGAAAGACUUUGUUAGCAACGACUUUUACGUAGAUGAUGGACUUACCUCUUGUGCAACUCCAGAGGGAGUUAUUGAUCUUGUUCAAAGAACUAAGAAAACUUUAUACGAAAACGGUAGACUUAGAUUGCAUAAAGUUGCAUCUAACAGCAGGUUAGUGCUAGAAGCAUUUCAUUCAGAUGACCUUGCCAAAAAUCUCAAGGACCUUGACCUUGGAUCGGCAGAUCUCCCGAUGCAGAGAAGCUUAGGUCUCUCAUGGGACACAGAACUGGACGAGUUUACCUUUAGUGUGUCUUCCGACAUCAAGCCAUUUACACGCCGCGGAGUUCUUUCAACAAUCAACAGUCUGUAUGACCCAAUUGGCUUUGCUGCACCAGUUAUCAUUAGAGGCAAAUUACUCAUGCGUCAAAUGCUCUCAUCUUCAUCUACUAUUGAUUGGGAUGAUCCACUUCCAGAAUUACUGAAUCAGCAAUGGGAAUCGUGGGUACAUUCAUUGAGCGAACUUGAAAAUUUGCGUAUAUCUAGAAAGUACAAUGGACCUUCAUAG